AUGUGCAAGUCUGGAUACUCACUAGUUGAUAACAAGAUGAAAUCAUCCAAUAACCAUGUUCAGGUUGGUUUGGAAACAAAUAAGCUAAAUUCUAUCACCAGGCAAAGUGAAAUUGGAAACGAUCCAAAAAGAAAAGCAAAUCAUGCAAGUGGCAGUGAGGAUGGUAGUGCAAAAGGCCAAACAAAAGGUAGAAAGGAUGGUGAUGGCAUUGGAACCUGCACAUAUUUAAAAGGUUUGUGUUUGGCUAUUCAAGUUCCCGUUUUAGGGCUAUAUGCAAGAAAUGCUUGUUAUGGGUAA